AUGGCGUUUUUUGCCCAGGGAUCUCCCCAGCCGGCCUCUCCCGGAGCCGCCCCAGAGGAGAGAAGGCGCCUGCUCCUCGCGCCUCCUGCUUCCCCGCGAAGUCCUUCGGCGCGGCUCUUCCACGGGGCUGCGGUUGCGGGAGGGAACUACAGUUCCCAGAAGGCCUUGCAGGCACCUAACUCCGCCCUGCUUUUCUGGAGGGGGGGGCUGGAGAGCGCCUCUCAGCUGGCCGGAGGGCGCCCGGGCUUCUGCAGCACCAUGUCUGCAGGGCAGAGAUGCCCGGUGUCCUUUGAGGAGGUCGCCAUGUCCUUCACAGAAGAGGAAUGGGCCCUUCUUGAGCCAAGAGAAAGAAAAAUCUUUUGGGAAGUGAUGGAGGAAAACUAUGAGACGGUGGCCUCUCUAAGGGUCUACGCUUCCCAGAAAGACUUGCGAGCACCGGAGGGAUCAACCCUGACUUUAUUAGCUAUCAAAGAUGAGGUUUUUCCUCAUGAUGGACAUGGAAAUGUAUGGGAUAUGCAGUUCGCUGCGACCUCUCUUCUUUCUUGUUUCCCGUGGAUGGCGGGUGAAUUUGGCCUUUGCUUGUCUGCAGGAAAGAGACCCUUCAUGUCCUUUGAGGAGGUGACUGUGUUGUUCACAGAGGAGGAAUGGGCUCUGCUGGAUCUGGACCAAAAGAAACUCUACUGGGGUGUUGCAGAGGAAAACUUUGAGACCGUGGCCUCUUUGGUUGUAGAUGUGAGGAAGAUGGGUAAUGAAAAAGAAUCAGAAAGGAGAUUUGUGGAAGACAACAGCCCAUCGGCGGAAGCAAAAUACAGGGAUCGAGUGGUACUAAAGAGAUAUUACAGAAGAAAAAGGGAAGCAAAACAGAAGCAAAGGAAGGAAUUGGUAGCCGGUCAGAGCAGAAAUAAGCCUGCAGUCUCAGCCCAAGAUGAAACAGGGAAGAGAAAUGAAAGGCCUAAUGGUGCCAUGAACCAGAAAGGGUUCAACUGCAAAUUCAGUCUUAAAACAUCUCAGAAUGUUGCAGCAUGCUGGAAAAGGUAUAAAUGUGUGGAAUGUGGAAAGUGCUUCCGUUGGAGUAGUGCGAGAAGUAGGCAUCAGAGAAUUCACACAGGGGAAAAGUCAUAUAAAUGCUUGGAGUGUGGAAAGUGCUUCUCCAAUAAUGGCCAACGAAUUGCGCAUCAGAACAUACAUACAGGGGAGAAGCCGUAUAAAUGCUUAGAGUGUGGAAAGUGCUUCUUUCGGAACGGCAGCCUAACUGCGCAUCAAAAGAUUCAUACUGGAGAGAAGCCGUAUAAAUGUUUGGAGUGUGGAAAGUGCUUCUAUCGGAAUGACAACCUGAAAACACAUCAAAAUAUUCAUUCAGGAGAGAAGCCGUAUAAAUGCUUAGAGUGUGGAAAGUGCUUUUCUCGGAACGACAACCUAAAAACACAUCAAAAUGUUCAUGCAGGUGAUAAGCCAUAUAAAUGCUUGGAGUGUGGAAAGUGUUUCUCUCAGAAUUUUAGCCUAAAAGCACACCAAAACAUUCAUACAGGAAAGAAGCCAUAUAAGUGUUUGGAGUGUGGAAAGUACUUCUUUCGAAAUGACAACCUAAAAACACAUCAAAAGGUUCACACAAUAGGGAAGCGAUAUAAAUGCUUGGAGUGCGGAAAGUGCUUCUCUCGAAAUGACAGCCUAAAAGCACAUCAAAACAUUCAUACAGGAGAGAAACCAUAUAAAUGCUUAGAGUGUGGAAAGUACUUCUGUCGGAAUGGCAGCCUAAAUGCACAUCAAAAGAUUCAUACUGGGGAGAAAACAUAUAAAUGCAUGGAGUGUGGAAAGCGCUUCUGUCAGAAAUGUGACCUAACUAUACAUCAAAAGGUUCACACAAUGGAGAAGCCAUAUAAAUGUUUGGAGUGUGGAAAGUGCUUCUCACUGAAUGUUAGCCUAAGGAGACAUCAAAAGAUCCAUGCAGGGGAGAAACCAUAUAAAUGUUCAGAUUGUGGAAAGUGCUUCUCUCGAAGUAGUGACAGAAAAAGACAUCAGAAGAUUCACAGUGGGGAGAAGCCAUAUACAUGCUUGGAGUGUGGAAAGUGCUUCUCUCAGAGUACCAUCCUGAAUGCACAUCAAAAGAUUCACACAGGGGAAAAGCCAUAUAAAUGCUUGGAAUGUGGAAAGUACUUUUCUCGAAAUGGUGACCUAAAUGUACAUCAAAAGAUUCAUACUGGUGAGAAGCCACAUAAAUGCUUGGAGUGUGGAAAGUGCUUUUCUAGGAAUGAAACCCUAAAUGCACAUCGAAGGGUUCACACUGGUGAGAAGCCAUAUAAGUGUUUGCAGUGUGGAAAGUGCUUCUUUCGAAAUGGUGACCUAAAUAUGCAUCAGAAGACUCAUACUGGGGAGAAGCCAUAUAAAUGCAUGGAGUGUGGAAAGUGCUACACUCGGAAUGACACCCUAAAUGCACAUCAGAGGGUUCACACGGGGGAGAAGCCAUAUAAAUGCUUGGAGUGUGGAAAGUGCUUCUCUCGGAGUGGCGACCUACGGAGACAUCAAAAGAACAUACAUACAGGAGAGAAGCCAUAUAAAUGCUUAGAGUGUGGAAAGUGCUUCUCUCGAAAAGACAGCCUAACUGCGCAUCAAAGGAUUCAUACUGGAGAGAAGCCAUAUAAAUGUUUGGAGUGUGGAAAGUGCUUCUAUUGGAAUGCCAACCUGAAAACACAUCAAAAUAUUCAUUCAGGAGAGAAGCCAUAUAAAUGUUUGGUGUGUGGAAAGUGCUUUUCUCGGAAUGGCAACCUAAAAACACAUCAAAAUGUUCAUGCAGGUGAUAAGCGAUAUAAAUGCUUGGAGUGCGGAAAGUGUUUCUUUCAGAAUGGUAGCCUAAAAGCACACCAAAAGAUCCAUACAGGAGAGAAGCCAUAUAAAUGCUUGGAGUGUGGAAAGUGCUUCUAUUGGAAUGCCAACCUGAAAACGCAUCAAAAUAUUCAUUCAGGAGAGAAGCCAUAUAAAUGCUUGGUGUGUGGAAAGUGCUUUUCUCGGAACAGCAACCUAAAAACACAUCAAAAUGUUCAUGCAGGUUUUAAGCCAUAUAAAUGCUUGGAGUGUGGAAAGUGUUUCUCUCAGAAUGUUAGCCUAAAAGCACACCAAAACAUUCAUACAGGAGAGAAGCCAUAUAAAUGCUUGGAGUGUGGAAAGUACUUCUUUCGAAAUGACAACCUAAAAACACAUCAGAAAAUUCACACAAUAGGGAUGCGAUAUAAAUGCUUGGAGUGCGGAAAGUGCUUCUCUCAAAAUGCCAGCCUAAAAGCACAUCAGAACAUUCAUACAGGAGAGAAACCAUAUAAAUGCUUAGAGUGUGGGAAGUACUUCUUUCGGAAUGGCAGCCUAAAUGCACAUCAAAAGAUUCAUACUGGGGAGAAAACAUAUAAAUGCAUGGAGUGUGGAAAGUGCUUCUCUCGGAAUGACACCCUAAACGCACAUCAGAGGGUCCACACAGGGGAGAAGCCAUAUAAAUGCUUGGAGUGUGGAAAGUGCUUCUCUCAGAGUGGCGAACUACGGAGACAUCAAAAGGUUCACAUGAGAGAAGCCGUAUAA